AUGCCUAAUUUCACUUGUCUACAGCAUCCCAAGCGGAAAAAGGUGCCAACAAGAAUCAUAGCAAAUGAUCGGGGUCAUUUGGCCGAGGCUCAGGAUCGUGUUCCUGGUAGUAAUCCAUUUGGUCACUUCCAUGGUACUUGGGACGAGCCAUGCCAUCAUCCCGGAAACCAUUGCGAAAACAUUGUUUCUCGCUCAGCUGUAGGCAUAGCAUAUCUCAGAAGGCAAAAGGAGCUUUACGAUGCAAGGAUAAGAGAGUUAGAAUCCAAGCAUGAUAUUGCUUCUGAAAAAGAAAAGCAGCAGAUUUCAGGAAUCAAAUAA